AUGGACAUUUUUGAUGAUAACGAAUUCGAAAAUUUGGUCGAAGAUCAUCAUCUCGAUGAAGAUGCGAAUAAAUAUCUAGAACCGCAAGACAAUGACGAGCAAAAUGAGGAAAAAAAAAUUGUUCCAGUGAAGAUCCGUGUAAGAAAUCCACAGCCUAAAUUGAAUCCCGAAAGGUUGCGAGGUACUCGUGGGUUAUCUGUACUUCCAACAUGGUUUGAGAACAUUCAGUUGAAAGGUAAAGGCCAUGAAUCUGAAGAUCUCAAUGCUGUCAUAAACCGUCUGGAACAAUGGACUCAUAGAUUAUUUCCUAGGUAUACAUUUGAUGACUGUAUCGAUAAGUUAGAGAAAUUAGGAAAAAAGAAUGAAAUUAAGGUAAUGUUGAAACGAAUAAGGAUGGAUAUGGAUAUCAAUAAUUGUGUAACACAAAUUGAGGAUGAUGUGGUUGAACCAUCACCCCCUCAGAUUGAUUUAUUUGAUCAGAUUGCUAACACUGUAGAUAUAUUCCCAGUAACAUCUACUCCAAGUGUCAGUAACACUGGAUUAACUGAAGAACAAAGACAAAGAAUGAUGCGAAACCGAAUGUUGGCUGAGGAAAGGCGGCAAGCUAAGAUAAGAGCUCGUCAAGAACAAGAAGUAACAUUUACUGCAAAAUUUAGUAGCAUAUAA